AUGUAUGUGAAAUGGUUUGAUACAGUAAUGUUUUACUAUGUGAUUUUAGUGAAUGUCACUUUUUGUCAUUUUCAAAUUUCCCACCAUUCCGUCCCCCGUACAUCCCGACGCUCGCAGAGGAUGGAACCCGGAAGACAGAUGCCGGCAUCUGCCAGAUUACAUUGCCGGGGACACUGCAGGAGGGACAUCGUGGGAGCGCAGGACAAGGUAAGUGCAGAAGAGAUCCCGGAGCAGCGCUGCAGGGUAAGCCCGAGUGUACCUCGGGGUUACCGCUUGUGCUACACUCGGGAAUACCGCCAGGGAGGU